AUGGCGGCCCCUGCGGAAAAGACGCUGAAUGACCUCAGUGGAAACUGGGUUAUGAACAAAACCCUCUCCGACAGCUCGGAACCCGUCCUCUCCCUCCAGGGCAUCGGCUGGGUGACGCGCAAGGCCAUCGGCAUCGCCUCCAUCUCCCUCGCCGUGAACCAGUACAAGGCGCCCCCCAAGCCCCCCAACACAUCCACCGAAAUCGUCACCCACGUCGACAUCGUCCAGUCCGCCUCGGGUCUCAGCAGCACCCACGAGAACCGCUGCGUCGACGAGACAUUCCGCGACAACUCGGACUGGCUGUUCGGCUCCGUCAAGGGCCGCUCCUCCUGGGUCAGCCUCGACGAGAUCGACGACGAGUUUCUCAAGAAGGACUGGCUCAUUGAGGGCGAGGGCAAGAACUUCUUCAAGAGCUACGUCGAGAGUCAGGACAACGGCUGGAUUGCCACCCAGAUUUGGGGCUUCCAGACCAUCGAUGGCGAGAGACGGUACUGUCGCCACGUUGUUGUGACCAAGGGCGAUCAGCGGGUCGCAAUCCGCCUUGUGUACGACUACGUCCCUUAG